GGUGGCGCCAGGUGUGCAAAAAGGAGGAGGGGGCCGGAGGAUGCUUGGAUGAAGUCCUCCAAUGAAUGAGAUGCUGACUGAUCACCGGCAAGUGGGAUCCUAAAUGCUGGGGCCCUCAGAGGCAUGCCGCUGGCUUGAUGCGUGCAUUUUGCAGUUGUUGUUUCAGUAGUGGAAGAGAGAGGUAAUUCUUGUAAAGCCUGCUUGGAUCUGUUCCUGAGGCUGCACCUUUCUCUUGCCAUGUCAGAGCCUAUAACACUAAACGUUGGUGGGAAGCUGUACACAACUUCACUGUCCACCUUGACCAGCUUUCCAGACUCCAUGCUGGGCGCCAUGUUCAGUGGGAAUAUGCCAACCAAGAGGGACAGCCAAGGCAACUGCUUCAUUGACCGAGACGGCAAAGUUUUCCGCUACAUCCUCAACUUCCUGCGAACAUCUCACCUGGACCUCCCAGAGGACUUCCAAGAAAUGGGCUUGCUUCGCCGAGAGGCAGAUUUCUACCAGGUCCAGCCGUUGAUCGAGGCCUUGCAGGAGAAGGAGGUGGAGCUCUCCAAAGCAGAGAAGAAUGCCAUGCUCAAUGUCAGUCUGGACCAGAGGACUCAGACAGUUCACUUCACUGUCCGGGAAGCCCCCCAGAUCUACAGUUUGUCCUCUUCAAACAUGGAAGUAUUCAAUGCCCACAUAUUCAGCACCUCCAGUUUGUUUCUGAAACUUCUGGGCUCCAAACUCUACUACUGUUUCAAUGGCAACCUGUCAUCAAUAGUGAGUUACUUGCAGGACCCCUACCAUGUGACCUUGGAUUGGGUUGCAAGUGUAGAGGGCCUGCCGGAAGAGGAGUACACCAGGCAGAACUUAAAAAGAUUGUGGGUUCUGCCUGCAAAGAAGCAAAUUAACAGUUUCCAGGUGUUUGUGGAGGAAGUACUAAAAAUUGCCAUGAGCGAUGGCUUUUGCGUUGACUCCUCUCACCCGCACACCUCGGAUUUCAUGAAUAAUAAAAUUAUCCGGCUAAUCCGGUACAAGUAGGUGUAGCCUCCUUGGCACUCUCCCACUACGAUAGCAAUGAUACGUUGAGAUUCAUGUCUUGACACCAGGUACACUUUUGGAGCCCGCUUCACAAAUCACGUGCUAAUAACCUGAAUUAUGAGCUGCAAAUUGGAAGGUAGUUUUCCACUCAACAGACUAACGCAAUAUCUGUCAAAAACUCCCUAACAGGGUUGUGCAGUGAAUCAGUUUGUGGGCCAGAUUGGGGUGGGGUGGAGUAUUCUCACAAAGACCUCUGGUUCCAUGUAAACUGAUUGCCCUUCUUCCAAGGUGCAUCCUUAGGAAGGGAUGAAUUCCUUCCUGCAUGGCUGUGCAGGCAUUGGUAAUGACAUCAGCACUGGGGUGUGUGUGGUGCAUAUCCUGUACUUGUUUCACCCCCUUUGCAUGUUUGAUGCUACUGUGCCUGGCAGGGAAGAGGCAGAAAUGAUGUCAGCAAGGGUGCGGUGUAGGAACAUUGAUGGAUAAAUCUGGUUAUAAAAUGGCCUGAGGCUGGAAUGAAGCUGUCCAUCCCUGAUCUGCAGGAGAAAAAUAGCAAUAUUUAAUGGUUUACACAGAGACUGGGUGUUGUGAAGAGAUUCUGCUUUUGUCUAAUGAUAGGCGACGUAUUUUAACUUCUCUGCCUCAGUUUUCCCAUUGGAAAGAGAGUUGUGCAAUCUGACCUACUAGAAAGAGCUGUCAGGCGGCUAAAACUCAUUAAGGAUGUUUGCGCUUGUGCGAGAGCCGAAGGUUUUCUCGAUGAAAGAGACUUUUGAGCAGGGCAUGAUAGUGAUUGGAGUUGAUUCCCUUCUCACUUACAUCAUACAGUCUCUGGCACCUAGAUAUAAAAUUGUUCAGUUUAGAGCAGCUCUUUGCCUUUAUGCUGUUUUGUUUUUAAAGUGAAUGACCAGUUAUAAGAUUGAAACAAACAAACGAUGUAACCUCUAAGUAUUUUGGAUUUUUGCCUAUAGAACAAAAUGGAGCGCGGCUCCGUGAUAAUAGGCUAGUGAGGAAUAUCCAUCUCUGCCAGCUGGCUGCUAGGUAGAAAGUAGCAGAGCACCUGCUUGCAUGCAGAAGGCCACAGGUGCAGUCCCUGGCAUCUCUAGGUAGGAAUGGGGACAUCCCUAAUUGAAACCCUGAAGUGCCACUGCCAGUCAGUGUAGGCAAUACUGAGCUAGCUAGACAAUGGCCUAACUUGGUAUAAGGCAGUUUCCUCUGAUCCAGUGGUUUGUUCCCAAGGAGAAAGGAAGCAUCUUGAAGAUGCUGCUUCGCCGCCAUCUGGACAGUGUAGCCGAGAGGCGCUAGUCAAAUGCAAAGUAUCUCCUCUCAGCCCUUCCAAAAUCAACUGGCAAAGGGAUAAUGUUGCAGCUGGUUCUCCAGCACACAGUUGGAAAAGGGGGCACGGACACAGAGAGAGAAGGAUUCUCUCCAGCGGACACAAAAAAGUGUGGUGGUCCUGAACAAUUUGUGACACCCCCACCCCCAAAUGGAAGAUCAAUCAGUUGCUUUAUUUAUUCAUCAUAAGCUGCAAUUCUGCACAUGCUUACCUGGGAGAAAGCCCCACUGCACACAGGAGGACUUACUCUGAGUAAACAUGCAUAGGAGGGCACUGUUAGGGAUGUAUACCCCAUCUUUUAGGGGUUAGCCUCAAGAUGGGUGACCAAAAAACAUAUAUCACAUAAUAAAAGCAAUAAAAGUGAUAACCAGUGAGCUAAAUGUGCAUAAAACAGCAAUUAAUCAAUUAAAGCAGCAGUGUUCCUAGGGGCAUGGCCAGGUCAUCACUAUCUAGGAAGGGAUGCAGCUGGCGCUCCAGCUAAAGCUGAUGAAAGGCACUGCAGUGGUGGCAGCCAAUGUGGCACCCUCCAGUUGUUGUUGGAUCACAGCUCCCUUCAUCCCUGACUGUUGGCCAUACUGGCUGGCAGUGGAGGCUCCGACAUCAAUGCACCUUGGACAGCUCUUUGAAAGUUCGGACGAAAACCUGAAGCAGAUUCACUGCCCCUCUGGCAUCGGAGUCACCAGCCUCCACUGCUGGCUGGGGCUGAUGGGAGUUGUAGUCCAACAAUGUCCAGAGGGGUUGCCCAUUGGCUACACCUGCACUGCAGCCUACCAAUGCCGCAAGGGUCCAGCGGCAGCGCUCAACCUAGCAGUGCUCCAAGCUACAAAAAUGCCCCCUAAGGAGAUGUUCGGCUGCCAGCCAGAAACAGGUCGAAUACCACAGCAUUGGACUAAUAAACUAUUAGUUAAUCACA